CCGUCACUACUUCUUAUCAGUUAUUAACUUAAAAAGGCGCUCGCUCGGCCAUGUGUGUUCCGUUCUCGUCCACGGAGACUGUGGCGCUUUAGGGCGUCUUGCCCCCCUCCAACGCUUUAAUUCCUCCUCGCCCACCCAGGGAAAGUCGUGUCUCUGCCGGCCUCAAGCAGACGUCUCAAGACGUAUCUUGUUUUCGCGGCUUUCUUCCACUCACUGAACGCUUUGCUGUCGUCUGAAGGGUUGUUGUUGCUAGCUUGAUUUUGUGCUUUGUUUUGCUUUUUUUUAAUGGGACAUCUUUGUCCAAAUCCGAGCUAAAUAGAAGAGCCAAAACUUCACUAAUGAACCGGUGCAAGCAACGAAAAGAGCCGACCCCCAUGACUUGAAGGCAGUUUUCCUGAAGUAUGCCAGCGUGGUGGAGGAUGGAGAGCAUUACAUGACACCCAAAGACUUUGUGCAGAGUUACCUUGGUCUGCACACACAGCCGCAGCAUAAUCCCAAAACUGUGAGCCUGAUAGCCGGCGUGGCCGACACCACGAAGGAUGGGUUGAUCUCUUACCAGGAGUUUCUGGCCUUUGAAUCAGUUCUCUGCGCCCCAGAUGCCCUGUUCAUCGUUGCCUUUCAGCUCUUUGACAAGACUGGCACCGGCAACAUUUCAUUUGAGAACGUACGCGACAUCUUCAGCCAGACCACCGUCCAUCAUCACAUUCCCUUCAACUGGGACUGCGAGUUCAUCAGACUCCACUUCGGCCAUGAGAGAAACAAGCACCUCAGCUACACAGAGUUCACCCAGUUCCUGCAGGAGCUGCAGUUGGAGCACGCCCGCCAGGCUUUCGCCCAGAAAGACAAGGGCAAAAGUGGCACCAUCACGGCUCUGGACUUCAGCGACAUCAUGGCCACCAUCAGACAUCACAUGCUGACUCCGUUUGUGGAGGAGAAUCUGGUUUCUGCCGCCGGAGGAAGCACCUCCCACAUGGUGAGCUUCUCCUACUUCAACGCCUUUAACGCCCUCCUGAACAACAUGGAGCUGGUCCGCAAGAUAUACAGCACCUUUGCCGGCACACACAAAGACACGCUGGUGACCAAAGAGGAGUUUGUCCACGCUGCCAAUAAGUUUGGUCAGAUCACGCCAAUGGAGAUCGACAUCCUGUACCAACUGGCUGGUCUGCACACUCAUACAGGGCGCCUCAACCAUGCCGACAUCGAGAGGAUAGCCCCGCUGGAGGAAGGAGCCAUGCCGUACCACCUGGCCGAGGCCCAGAGACAGCACGAUCACGAAGCGUCCCGACCCAUAUGGCUCCAGGCUGCAGAGUCCGCCUACAGGUUCGCUCUGGGCUCGAUUGCUGGAGCCACCGGUGCCACGGCUGUGUACCCCAUUGACCUGGUGAAGACUCGCAUGCAGAACCAGCGUUCCACAGGUUCCUUGGUGGGGGAGCUCAUGUACAAGAACAGCUUUGACUGUGCCAAGAAAGUCCUGCGCUACGAGGGCUUCUUUGGAUUCUACCGAGGUCUCCUCCCGCAGCUCAUUGGCGUCGCCCCGGAGAAGGCUAUCAAACUCACGAUGAAUGAUUUUGUCAGAGACAAGUUCACCACACAAGAUGGUUCCAUCCCUCUGGCUGCAGAAAUUCUAGCUGGUGGAUGUGCUGGAGGCUCCCAGGUGAUUUUCACCAAUCCUCUGGAGAUCGUGAAGAUCCGCCUGCAGGUGGCAGGAGAGAUCACCACCGGCCCCAGGGUCAGCGCCCUCAACGUGAUCAGAGACCUGGGCUUCUUUGGCCUCUACAAGGGAGCUAAAGCCUGCUUCCUGCGUGACAUCCCCUUCUCAGCCAUCUACUUCCCCGUUUACGCCCACACCAAAGAGCAGCUUACGGAUGACGAAGGAAGGCUGGGGGCGCUGCAGCUGCUCGCUGCUGGAGCCAUCGCAGGUGUCCCAGCAGCGUCCCUGGUGACCCCCGCUGAUGUCAUCAAGACUAGACUGCAGGUGGCGGCCCGUGCGGGCCAGACCACGUACAACGGUGUCAUCGACUGCUUCAAGAAGAUCCUCAAGGAGGAAGGCUUCAGGGCCUUCUGGAAGGGCGCUGGAGCUCGUGUCUUCAGAUCGUCGCCACAGUUUGGCGUCACCUUGCUGACGUAUGAGCUGCUGCAGAGAUGGUUCUACAUCGACUUUGGCGGACAUCACCCGUCCGGAUUGCAGCCUGCUCCCGUCACGGACACCCUUCCUUCCGUCACCGGAGACCACGUGGGCGGUUACCGUCUGGCGGCGGCGACGUUCGCCGGUGUGGAGAGGAAGUUCGGCCUCCAUCUGCCAAAGUUUAAACCUUCCGGGACAGCGGCGGCGGUGGCGGCCACCAACACUCAGUGACAAGCGUGUAUUGCACGCGCCUCCAAACGUGACUUUGACAAUGCUGCAUGAGUAUUUUGGCGUUUGUUACGCAAAGCUUACUGUAAUUCACUCGUAUGUCUUGUACUUCUUUCAGAGGAACACUAUGACUAAAGAUUGUUACGGAGUUUCUAUGGUGAGCAAAGAGCUUGGGUGUGCAUGUACAGAUGUUCUUUAUUUUCAAUCUUAGGCAAUCAUUUAAAAGAUAUUUAUUUUAUUGGAAUAAAUCCUUUUAAACUGUUGACAC